ACAGGGAUGAGAUAGAUUGGAUCAGACUAGUGGAAGGGGGACUGUAGAGCUGAAGAGAUGUGUUUUGGAAGGUGUGCUAGAUGUGUUGGUUAUAAGUUGCUCAUCCUUGCUCUGCUCUGCAUUGUGGCCAACACUUUACUUUAUUUUCCCAAUGGAGAAACAAGAUUUGCUUCAGAGCAUCACCUCGGCAAAUACGUGGAAUGCCUUCACGGCAUUCUAGGUGGAGGCUUCCUGGUACUCAUUCCAGCUGCAGUGUUCAUUGGGCUGCACAAUGAUGACUGCUGUGGGUGCUUUGGCCACCAGGGCUGCGGGAAGAGCUGCGCGAUGCUGUCCUCGGUUCUGGCAGCCUUUGUUGGGAUCCUUGGCUCUGGAUACUGUAUAAUCAUUUCAGCACUGGGCUUGUCUCAAGGACCAUAUUGUUUUACCCACCUAGAGAGAAACUGGAACUAUCCUUUCACUGAUUCCUCUGGAGGGUACUUGUUUGAGUAUAACAAGUGGUCUCGAUGUCAAGAACCUCAAAACAUUGUGCAGUGGAAUGUCACCCUGUUUUCCAUCCUCCUUGUCUUGGGAGGAAUAGAGUUCAUUCUGUGCUUCAUACAGAUAAUCAAUGGCAUUCUUGGAGGACUGUGUGGGUUGUGCUGCAAUCAUGAGGAGACAUAUGCUUGCUAG